AAUGAGCAUCCCAAAAAUCCCCUUCAAACCUUCUAACCUCCCUGUUUCAUAGACUCUGAUCAUUACAUUCCCAUUUCCCACCUUCUUCCUCCUUAAACCGAUGGGUCCUGCAGUUCUAAGCUCCCACACCAAUGGCUUCUCUCAAUCAGUUGAUCGAAACUUCGAAGAGAAGAGCAAUUACAUCAACGGCGCCAAUUCUUCUCACGAAUCCGUAAUCAACAAUGUUAAUGGCGACGAUUGCCAUUGGUACGAAGAAAUCAUCGAUGAAAACCUCAAAUGGUCCUUUGCUCUGAAUAGAGUUCUGCAGAAAGGAACCAGUGAAUUUCAAGAUAUCGCUCUUUUAGAUACGAAGCGUUUCGGAAAAACAUUGAUGAUCGAUGGGAAGAUGCAGAGUGCUGAAGCUGAUGAAUUUGUUUAUCAUGAAUGUUUAAUUCAUCCCGCUCUGUUAUGUCAUUCCAACCCGAAAACUGUAUUCAUAAUGGGGGGUGGAGAAGGUUCAGCAGCAAGAGAAGUUCUCAAACACAAAUCAAUAGAAAAGGUUGUCAUGUGCGAUAUUGAUCAGGAUGUGGUGGAUUUCUGCCGCAAACAUUUGACUGUGAACCGAGAGACCUUUUGUCACAGUAAACUUCAUCUUGUGAUAAACGAUGCCAGAGCGGAAUUAGAAAAGAGAAGAGAGAAAUAUGAUAUAAUUAUAGGAGACCUAGCAGACCCUGUUAAAGAUGGGCCUUGCUACAAGCUCUACACCAAAUCCUUUUACCACGACAUCGUCAAACCUAAACUCCACCACAAUGGCAUCUUUGUAACUCAGGCAGGACCAGCCGGGAUUUUCACCCACAAAGAGGUUUUUACCUCAAUUUAUAACACAAUCAAACAGACCUUCAACUAUGUGAUUGCUUACACUGCUUACAUACCAUCUUUUGCAGACACAUGGGGAUGGGUUAUGGCAUCAGAUCAUCCUUUCUGUAUAAAAUCAGAGGAAUUGGAUAAAAGAAUUGAGGAUAGAAUCAAUGGGGAGUUGCUUUAUUUAACUGGUCCCUCAAUUGUAUCCUCCACCAUCCUCAACAAAAUGGUUUCUUUAGCGUUGUUGAAUGAAACUCACAUCUACACUGAAGCGACUGCAAAAUUCAUACAUGGUCAAGGGGUUGGAUUCAAGCAACUGAAUGGGGGAAGUUGUGGUCGUGGUGUAUAAAUUAAAUAAUUAAGAACCCUAAAAUAUAACACUUUAAUUAGAGACAUCACUAAGAUAAAAUCCAAUCAACAUUUCUACUCUUUUAACUUAUUUGGUAUUAAAAAAAAAAAAAGGAAAAACUUAGGAGUAUUAAUCAUCUUUUUUAUAUAAAAAAUUAUAGUUAGAUGUCAAAAUGAACUUAGCUCAACGGUAAUUGACAUAUACUAUAUUAGGAGUAAGUUGAUUAGAAUUUCAUUUCCUCAUAUAGUCUGUUUAGAAUGGAAUUAUAUCACUAAGUAAUUUCAACUUAUUUAAUAGUAUACUGUUAAAGAAUAAUUUUCUUUUGUAUAUGCAAAGGUAAAUACCAUUGGAUAUGUAAUGGAUAUUGGUGUGUAGUAAGCUAAAAUCUUUUGUAUAUGCAAAGGUAUUGAGAGGGUUUCAGUUCAAAGUAUAAAAGCUAGUUUAAUUUGCUGAUCUCUAUUACAAA